AUGCGCAUGCUGGAGGAGGAGGAGGCGGAGGAUGGAUUACUGAGUUCUAGUGUGGAAGUCCCUCAGUGGAAAUCUAUAAAAAUAAGUCAACUGUUACAGGUCUGUUGGGGUGUAAGCCUAGACCUGCUUUUAAGCGAGAGCCAAAAUGGCUGCGGCACAGUGCCCACAUUGUGUUGUAGCCACAGAAAGCAGCAGGUCAAGAGCGCUGUGGUCCCCGCCACCCUUGUGAGUUACACAGCUCCCAAGAGCUACAUAACUCAGCCGUUCACUGAACUCCUCUACUUCUUUGGUUCUCGGGACGACCCGGCGCCUGGGGAUAUUCUGGGAAAGGACGAAGGGUUACUUGGUCAUAUACCACAGAGUUGCUUGGGAGGAGGCGGCGGCGGGAGCAGCUCCAGCUCCAGCUCCAGCAGCAGCAGCAGCAGCAGGAAGCGGCCUCUCCUCACCCCGCUGUGCAACGGCCUCAUCAACUCCUACGAGGACAAAAGCAACGACUUCGUUUGCCCCAUCUGUUUUGACAUGAUCGAGGAAGCAUACAUGACGAAAUGUGGCCACAGCUUCUGUUACAAGUGUAUUCACCAGAGCCUUGAAGACAAUAACAGGUGCCCCAAGUGUAACUACGUUGUGGACAACAUUGACCAUCUGUACCCCAACUUCUUAGUAAAUGAGCUCAUCCUCAAGCAGAAGCAGAGAUUUGAGGAAAAGAGGUUCAAGUUGGACCACUCAGUGAGUAGCACCAAUGGCCACAGGUGGCAGAUAUUUCAAGACUUAUUGGGAACCGACCAAGAUAACCUUGACUUGGCCAAUGUCAACCUGAUGUUGGAGUUGCUAGUGCAAAAGAAGAAACAGCUGGAGGCAGAGUCCCAUGCUGCCCAACUACAGAUCCUUAUGGAAUUCCUCAAGGUUGCCAGGAGAAAUAAGAGAGAGCAACUGGAGCAGAUCCAGAAGGAGCUAAGUGUUCUGGAAGAGGAUAUUAAACGAGUGGAGGAAAUGAGCGGCUUGUACUCCCCUGUCAGUGAGGAUAGUACCGUGCCUCAGUUUGAAGCUCCCUCUCCAUCACACAGGUAUACAAGUUCAAGCUCUCGAUUGCUCAGGAUUUAUUUUACAGAGCACACAUGUGGUACUUUUCCUUGGGAGGCCUUUGCACGCAGUGUACGAAACCCCAGAGAAAGUACUUCUAGUAGUAUUAUUGAUUCUACGGAAUAUAGCCAACCUCCAGGAUUCAGUGGCAGCUCUCAGACAAAGAAGCAGCCAUGGUACAACAGCACGUUAGCAUCACGGCGGAAGCGGCUCACGGCACAUUUUGAGGACUUGGAGCAGUGCUACUUUUCCACAAGGAUGUCACGUGUCUCAGAUGACAGUAGGACUGCAAGCCAACUGGAUGAGUUUCAGGAGUGCCUAUCCAAGUUCACUCGCUACAACUCUGUCCGACCCUUGGCGACAUUAUCUUAUGCUAGUGACCUCUAUAAUGGCUCCAGCAUAGUCUCCAGUAUCGAAUUUGACCGGGAUUGUGACUAUUUUGCCAUUGCUGGAGUGACAAAGAAGAUUAAGGUCUAUGAAUAUGGCACAGUCAUCCAGGAUGCAGUGGAUAUUCAUUACCCUGAGAAUGAAAUGACCUGCAAUUCCAAAAUCAGCUGUAUCAGCUGGAGUAGCUACCACAAGAAUCUGUUAGCCAGCAGUGACUAUGAAGGCACAGUCAUCCUAUGGGAUGGAUUUACAGGACAGCGAUCAAAGGUUUACCAGGAGCAUGAGAAAAGGUGCUGGAGUGUUGACUUUAACUUGAUGGACCCUAAACUUUUGGCUUCAGGUUCUGACGAUGCAAAAGUGAAACUGUGGUCUACCAACCUGGACAAUUCAGUGGCAAGUAUUGAGGCCAAGGCUAACGUAUGUUGUGUCAAAUUCAGCCCAUCGUCUAGGUACCACUUGGCUUUUGGCUGUGCAGAUCACUGUGUCCACUACUACGAUCUUCGCAACACUAAACAGCCAAUCAUGGUGUUCAAAGGGCAUCGCAAAGCAGUCUCCUAUGCAAAGUUUGUGAGUGGAGAAGAAAUUGUCUCUGCGUCCACCGACAGCCAGCUGAAGCUAUGGAACGUGGGGAAACCGCACUGUCUGCGUUCCUUCAAGGGUCACAUCAACGAAAAGAACUUCGUGGGCCUGGCUUCCAAUGGAGACUACAUCGCCUGUGGAAGUGAAAACAACUCCCUCUACCUUUACUACAAGGGUCUUUCAAAGACACUGCUGACUUUUAAGUUUGAUACUGUCAAAAGCGUCCUAGAUAAGGACCGGAAGGAAGACGACACAAAUGAAUUUGUCAGUGCUGUAUGCUGGAGGGCCCUGCCUGAUGGGGAGUCCAAUGUGCUGAUUGCUGCUAACAGUCAGGGUACAAUUAAGGUGCUGGAACUGGUAUGAAGGUUCUUCUCUUGAAGCAUGAUGUACUUGGCCCCCGCUGAAAUACAUCUGCAGUUCACCGUGGGAGAAGAAACCGAAACCUUCAAACUAUGACCCUCCCCAACACCAUCCUGGGGUGUUUUUAUUUUUGUUUUUUCUGUUUUUUGUUUUGUUUUUGUUUUGUUUUUCCAUUUAUGGACUCCUUAGGACCUAUGAGACAUUGGCAACACCCAAUGAAUUGUCCACCAUCGACGUAACUCCACGGACUUUGCUGCUGCUGCUGGUGGUGCUGUGGUUGUCUAAUUUUUAUGAUAGGGAAAUGAAUUCUUUAAAAAAAAAACAAAUGAUAAAAAAGAAUAAUAAAGUUUAUUGAGCCACAGCAAA